AUGUGGAAAGUAGGCAAUGAUCUGUUAGCCACUAAAUGGAACAUUUUCAAGAGAAAAAUUCUGGAUGACCCUCUAUGCCCAAUAUGCCAGAUAGAUACUGAAACUGUGAUGCAUCUUUUAUGGCAAUGCCCAGCAGCUAAUGCUGUAUGGACAGAAAUGACUACCCCUAUUCAGAAAUGGAAUGUGGCUGAAGAUGACUUUCUAAGUAUGUGGGGAAGGAUGAAAGGUAAACUAACAGAACCUGAUUUGGAGAUGAUAGCAGCAACGAUGAGAAUGCUAUGGUUGAGGAGAAAUGAGUUAGUUUUUGACAAGAAGUUUAGAAGCCCAAGGAGUGUUAUCAGAGAUUCAAAGGAGUCACUACAGGAGUACCAGGCAGCAAAUCAGAUGCUAAAAAGGGGCAAUAAUUUAGCCAUGGCUGUAAGGCAGGGUCAACAUUGGGAGGUGCCAAGGGAAGAUUUUGUAAAAACAAACUGGGAUGCAGCAGUAGAUUUAAAAAAUAAGAAAGUGGGCAUAGGUAUAAUCAUCAGAGAUGAAAAUGGGGAUGUAUUGGUAGCAGCUUGUGGACGAAGGAAGUACUUACAUCACCCAGCAACAGCAGAAAGUCUUGCCUUGAGAAGGGCAGCAGAGAUCUAUACAGAAUUGAAUUACACGAAAGUAAUACUGGAAGGGGAUGCAAAGGGGGUUAUAGAGGCAGUAAAUAGAGAAGCAGAAGACUUGUCUGUCUACGGAAAUAUUAUACAGGAGAUAAAGAGAUACUUUAGAAAUAGAAAAGAGUGGGAGGUGAGAUUUGUAAAAAGAGAGAUGAAUACAGUGGCCCACAUACUAGCUAGAACAGCUUUACAAUUUGAUACCGAGAGAAUAUGGAUUGAGGAAGCACCAGAAAUUGUAUGGAGUGAUCUGUUGAAAGAUAAACUUUGUAACGGAUGA